CCCACAUCAGCCUCACUGUGAAGCGCCUGCUUCCCCCUCUGUCUGUGUUUCUCUCUUUCUCUGUCUCUCAUGAAUAAAUAAAUAAAAUCUUUUUUAAAAAAAAAUCAAUAGUCAGCAAGAGAUUUUUACACCCCCAGGUUGGGAUAAGGACAACAGCCCCCAGUCAGCAGGAAGCAGUUUCAGAAGAUGAGGAAUAAGGAGGGUAAAUCUCCCCCCAUUUGUGCUCUCUCUCUAAUAAAUAAAUAAAAUCUUUUUAAAAAAUUCCCCACCACUACAUGCUUAUAUGUUGUCACCCUUUUCCCACCUAAGUCUCCUUACUGGUUAGUAUCACACUUUUUUGGCAACUCCCCCAGGACUCCAGAAGGGUGUCUGGGACCCAUAUGGACAACUGGAUGCAAACCUCUUCGUAGCUGACGUCAGCCAUUAAUCCUUUGCUUCAGUGUCACUGUGCUAGUAAACCAAUCAUGAAGAUGGAGUCCUGGCUCUACCACAUCCUGGUAGCAAACUGCUGAGUCGACUCUUUCUAGGUUCUGGGCCUCAGUUUCCCUAAGAGUAAAACGGAGAAAGUGUUCCCACAUAACAAGGGCCUUCAAGAGAAUGAAAUGAGAAGUGUUGAAGGCUGACAGUGAGCAAGGUGAAAACCUUUGGCUUAAGACUGCACGAACCUGUACCAGAGUGAGGGUGCUGCUGUUAAACCAGAGACUGACUUUCAAUUCCACAGCACAGACUCCGAGAACCCCCGGCAGCGACCAAAUAGAGGCGUGUGGGCCCGGUACCGCAAGGCGGUCCGCAGAGCCCAAACCUCGCGAGAUUUGUUGGCCGGGCAACGUCCCACAUCUCGCGAGACCAAGGUUUAUGAGCGACUAUCGGCCGGUUAGGGCUUGCUGGAAAGAUGGAGUAUCGCGGGUUGGGCACCGUAGAGGCCGCAGACAGUGGAGGGGCCCGGCCAUACAACAGCUCCGAGGAACGAGAAGGACGGGAACCGGACGGGCUGCGCUUCGACCGCGAGAGGGCGCGCCGCCUCUGGGAAGCAGUGUCCGGGGCCCAACCAGUGGGGAGGGAGGAAGUGGAACACAUGAUCCAGAAGAACCAGUGUCUCUUUACCAAUACCCAGUGUAAGGUUUGCUGCGCCCUGCUCAUUUCUGAAUCCCAGAAGUUGGCACACUACCAGAGCAAAAAACAUGCCAACAAAGUAAAGAGAUACCUAGCAAUCCAUGGAAUGGAGACAUUAAAAGGGGAAACGAAGAAGCUAGACUCAGAACAGAAGAGCAGCAGAAGCAAAGACAAGAACCAGUGCUGCCCCAUCUGUAACAUGACCUUUUCCUCCCCUGUCGUGGCCCAGUCGCACUACCUGGGGAAGACCCACGCAAAGAACUUAAAGCUGAAGCAGCAAUCCACUAAGGUGGAAGCUCUGUCGAAACGCCUUACAAACCCUUUCCUUGUGGCCUCCACCUUAGCCUUGCACCAGAAUAGAGAGAUGAUAGACCCAGACAAGUUCUGCAGCCUCUGCCAUGCGACUUUCAACGACCCUGUCAUGGCUCAACAACAUUAUGUGGGCAAGAAACACAGGAAACAGGAAACCAAGCUCAAACUCAUGGCACACUAUGGGCGGCUGGCAGACCCUGCUGUCACUGACUCAUCAGCUGGGAAGGGCUACCCCUGCAAGACGUGUAAGAUAAUGCUGAACUCCAUAGAACAGUAUCAAGCUCAUGUCAGCGGCUUCAAACACAAGAACCAGUCACCAAAAACAGUGGCAUCACCCCUGGGCCAGAUUCCAAUGCAAAGGCAGCCCAUUGAGAAAGACUCAGCCACCUUGGAAGACUAGAGAUGUUUCUGUCCAGCACCCCAGGUUGAACCAGCCAUGAGCCAGCUUCCUGUUACCAUGGUCAGCUCUUGGCUCCCUCUUCCUCGUUUCUUAUACCUGGAGAACACAUAGACCUAAGGCAGGAGUGGGCCACAGAUAGCCUCUGAUUGGUCCAGGCAAAUAUACCCCUGCAAUUCCCUUUUUGAAUGGACCCUGUAGGUCAGGACAAGGGAAGGGGGUGGAUCUUUAGAGGACUCGGGGCCUCACAAGAUAGUAGUUUGGAGGCCUUUCCCCUUCCCCAGUCCCCUUGGGCCAUAUGUCAUGAGCCCCAGGCCUGUCUGUCAUCUGCAGGUCAGUUUUGAACCAGUCUCUGCAGCUAAAGAACUGAGCUCUCCCUGGGCUCUAGGCAGCUCCAGUAAAACCUGGAGCUUUCACACCAGACCUCGGCCUAGGUGGCAAAGGGUAGAUGGAAGUGGCUACCCCAUGGAAGUUUGGAGCUAAUAUGACACUCCGUCUUCCCCCCAAAAGCACAGGCUUUCCUGAACCUGGGACCAGAUACUGGCCAGUUAUACAGCUGUCUGCCCACUGUGAAGUUUCCUCCUGGAGCAAUGACACAGUCCUGGCAGAGCUGUCCUUCUUGCCCCUUCUCCACAGUUCCUGAAUGGUGCUAAGGAUCUGCAGCAACUGGGGAAAAGCUAGAGCUGGAGGAGGCUUCAGUACCCUGUGGGCUCACAGAAAGUUCAAGGGGGGGCCUUUCCCCUCCUCUAUCAGAGAGGUGCUCUGAUCCAGGGUCAUGUGGGAAAGUCCCCACAUGGAAGUUCCCUUGAUGGUUCUGUGCCCUUAAAGGCAAAUUGCCUCAUGCCAGCCAGCUCAAAGUUUCGUUGCUACCCCUUGGCUCUACUAGCCCUCUCCUCCUUAUGCAGCAGAUCACCUGCCCAGGUUGCUGUGGUGCUAGCCCUCUCCCAUCAUCCACCAGGAGAUUCCUGGGUACCAGGGAACAGAAUAGGACCCCCAGGAAAAGAAAGGAGAGCUGGUACAGAUUUCCGCAAUGAGGAAAAAGAUGUUCCCCAGGCCCCAAACUUAGACUUUUCCAACUCUGCUGUGUUUUUAUGGCCUGGGACUUCACUAGGAGUGGGUUUUUCCUUGUAGCUUUUAAGCAGCAAUUCCAAGAAAUGAUAACCAUUGUAGGCCCCUAGCUGCUCUCGUGGCUUCUUCCCCCCAUUGCCUAUCCCUUUGCCUGUGAAAUGCCUUUACAUAUUUUGUGUGUGUGUGUGUGUGUGUGUGUGUGUGUGUGUGUGUGUAUAAACGCACGCACGCAUGUUUGCUCUGUCUCUUGGUCUAAAUAAAGAAUUUAUCCAUGAGCCAGACUGCAGCUUGACAGACCUGAGAUUUGGUGCCAUAAUGCCAUUUGAUCUAAUAUGUGUGUCUUGACCCCUUACCCUCACCCCUCUCAGAUUCCUGGGGCUUUAAAUAGUGAUCUUAAGAGGUGGAACAGAGAUAAACAUCUGAAUUGCUUGGCAACCUUGUGGAAACCUUCCCAGGCUUAGUACAACCUCAUCCACUUAUCUGCCUCCCCCUGUAGAGGGUCUCAUGGAAGUCUUUAAGGGGUUUAAGCCGAGAAUCUACUUUCUUUGAGAGGAUCAUUCUGGCUGGCUGUUAAGUGGAAAAGAGAUGCAGGGGAGAAGAACAAGAGACCAACAAGAAAGCCAAAAUGGAGACUAUGUCCAAUAUGGCUCUCUCCAGGCUAAUCCCUUCAGAACUGAGCCUUAACCUCUUUCAUCUCCACUUCUCUAAUGUGGAGUGGUGUGUCCUGAACUGUUUGUUGAAUGAAUGCACAAAUGCAUGAAUGAGGGUAUAGGUAAGAAAGAUGGCCUUUUCCUACACAGCUCUUACUCAGAACUAGGUUUGUUCCAUCAACUUUUGGCCUAGAGAUUCUUACAGGAAGCUUUUGUAUGACCCAGAAAUGAGCUAGGGAAGUGUAAUGGCCUCAGGAGCCCUUUGUCCAGCAUUUGUUUCAGAUAGCCAGAUCUGAGGAGGGUACCCAGGCAGCCUCAGCCCCCAUUCUUCACUCAGCAAACUGUUCCUGAGCACCUGCUUUUGACCAGCUGGGAAAGGCCCCACAUAGCCCCCAUGGUGGGUUCUCAGCUCCCAGCAUCCAAAGCCUAGACUGUCUCAGCAAUUUCCCUGGAGUCCUUCUACUUUAUCCAGGAUGUCAGAAUCAUCCUCAUCUAUCAGGCAAGGAAAUGAAGGGGAAAAGGGUGGGUAGGCUGCCAGAUAAUGAGCCCCUAGCCCAUAAGACUUCUUAGUCUAGAUUCAGGAGUCUCUGCUAGCUGUGUGCCCAGCUCUGUUAGCAAGAGGGUACAGGAAUAAAUACUUUCUUGCCCUUGAGGAGAAAUACUAUAAAGAUUAUUAUGGCAAUAGAGGGUCAUACAGGGUGCAGCGAGAAUGCCCAGGAUGCAGGCACUAACUCACCUAAGGGGAUGAAAAAGCUGCAUUUGAUCUGCCUAACUGCCUUUUGAGCAAGGUAAUGAUUUUCCAUUUUAUAGAAAAGACUCAAAGAUGUAUAUAGUAUUUUGCCCAAGGACCUGCCACCAAGAAGCAACAAAAUGAAGAGUAGAAUCCAGUUCUCUAGAUUCCUAGUCCAGAACCCUUUCCAAACAAGGAUGAAAAUACCUUCCCACAGGACCCCUGGGCCUGCCCCCGCCCAACUUCUAGCAGGGCUGUGGUCUCAUAGAGCAAGCAACCAUAAAAUAGACUGGACAAGGCUCAGUGGUUAUUUUAUCUUCCAAAGUCCCCCUCAUACUUCUCAAUAUUUUAUCCAAGAUUUCCAGUAUAUUAGACUCCAGUUAUAACUGUAAGAAACUGAAAUCAAAGUGAUUAGGUAAAAAGGGAAAUUUAUUGAUUCACCUAAUGAAAAUUUUUGAUACAGGGAUGGAUAGAUCCAGGUUCUGACAGUAUCUUCAGGAAGAAUAUUUUUCUUUAAGAUUUUAUUUAAUCACAAGAGACACAGAGAGUGAGGCAGAGACAUAGAGGGAGAAGUAGGUACCAUGCAGGGAGCCCAGUGAGGGACUUGAUCCCGGGACUCAGGAUCAAGCCCUGAGCCAAAAGCAGAUGCUCAACCACUGAGCUACCCAGGUGUCCCUUCAGGAAGAAUUUAGUCUUACUCAGCUUUCCUCUAUGUGGCCUCUUUCUCUCUCUGGAAGUUAGCAAGAUGGCCACUGGCAGCUCCAGGCUUGUAUCCAGGAUAGAUAGGCAACUAUAGUACAGAAAGAACAUCUUUACCUACUAGUUACCCAAAAAAAUUCUGGAUUGAUUCAUUAGCUAGUUUGGCCCUAUUCUGAUUCCUAAACUAAUGACUGCAACUAGGGGAAAUGGUGUCCUGGUUUGGGGCCCUGGGAAAGAGUGAGCUCUACUUAAAACACGUUGACUGGAAGAGAAAAGAAGAAAGUGUGGGGCUCCUUCCAGGAGACUAAGGGAGAAGAAUGGAUGGGGAUGGGCAAAAAUAACUACUUGUGUAAGCCGUAUCCAGAAACUGUCUUUAUUAGAAAUACCGCUCUUUCCCUUUCUGAGCUACAUUUCAUAAUGUGCUCCAAUUUUUCAAGUACAGUUUGAUGAAUCCUUACAUAUGUGUAUACAUCUGGGCAGUCACCCUCCAGAUCAAGAUACAGAACAUUACCAGCUCCUCAGAAAUUUCUCUCAUUCCCCUUCCUAGUUACUAUCUCCCAGAAGUAAACAUUGUUUUGACCUCUAUCACCAUAGACUAGUUUUGCUUGCUCUUGAGUUUUAUAAAAAUGGAAUCACAUCCUCUUUUGCUCAGUAUUAUGCCUGCGAGAUUCAUCCAGGUUUUUGUGUGUCAGAAGUUCAUUUUUGUUCAUGCUGUGUAGUAGUACUCCAUUGUAUGAAUAUACCACAAUUAAGCCAUUCUGUUGAUGGACAAUUGGGUUAUUUCAGUUUUGAACUAUUAUAAAUAAAAUUCUUUUGAAAAUU